GGUCAAGUGCGUGUGUAUAGGCUUUUGCUCGACACUACUCUGUGAAGAUGGCGAUGAGAGUGGCCCUCCGGUACAUUUCUGCAAACUUUUCUCCAAAACUGCCUCAGCUCUCUCGGCCAACACAGUUAGCUGCAAGUCGGCUGCUAUGGAGAACCGACAUUCCACGGACAUUGAGCACAGCCUCGCGAUUGUCCACAGCCCUGAAAUUCACUGACAAGCAUGAGUGGGUACGAGUAGAGGGUGGUGUUGGUACAGUUGGCAUCAGCAGUUUUGCUCAGGAAGCAUUAGGUGAUGUGGUCUACUGUGGACUCCCUGAGGUUGGCCAAAAACUUGAACAAUUGGAGGAGUUCGGGGCUCUUGAAAGUGUUAAGGCUGCUAGUGAGCUUUACUCUCCUCUGACUGGAGAGGUGACUGAGAUCAAUACGGAGCUGUCUGACAACCCGGGGCUAGUGAAUAAAGCCUGCUACGAAGGGGGCUGGCUGAUUAAGAUGACUAUUGAAAACCCUGGAGAACUUGAUGGCCUGAUGGAUGAAGCAUCCUAUGAUAAAUUCAUCAAAUCACUAGAGUAGAAAGCUGUGACCCUUUUGUGUAAUGUUAGAGUACUGGCUUACUAAUUAUAUCUGGUUUGACUGUAAAAUCCCAGUUUCUGGGAGGUCACUUAGGACAUUAUAUUUAUUUUGAUACAGUCAUUGUUUCAUGAACAAGAUAUCAUCAAGGUAACCAAAAUUGUAAUGUCUCAAAUUAACAACCCCAAGGUGGUUAGAAGUGAAUCCAUGAGACAAUUUACAGGGCUUUUUCAUCCCAAGCCCUGUCAGCAAGACAACAAGGGCUUGUGUUGGGUGCUUUACAUGGACUGAAAUACUAGCUACAGAGAAGUGGCUACAAGGUGGAAAGUGAUUGUAAAAGAUGCAAGUCAGAUGCAAUAAAUUACAACUUAUAUUUUGAA